ACCCCUCUACCUGCCUAGCUUUCCAAGCAGAGUACCUGGCUUUGUUCGGAACUCCCCAGCCAUCUGCCCACUUGCCAGGGACUCUUGGGGGCAGCUAUGAAGUCCCUUGUUUUGCUCCUUUGUCUUGCUCAGCUCUGGGGCUGCCACUCAGCCCCACACCUCCCAGGGGUGCCUCACAAGGAGCUGGCUUGUGAUGAUGUAGAGACGGAGCAGGCAGCCCUGGCUGCCGUGGAUUACCUCAACCAGCAAGUCGGUCGCGGGUUCAAGCACACCUUGAACCAGAUUGACAAAGUCCAGGUGUUGCCCCGGCGGCCCUUCGGAGAGUUGUAUGUGCUUGAACUCGACACACUGGAGACCAUCUGCCACGUCUUGGACCCCACGCCCUUAGAGAACUGCACUGUGAGACAGGUGGCCCAACAUGCGGUGGAAGGAGACUGUGAAAUGAGAGUGCUCAAAGUUGAGGGCCAGUUCACCGUGCUGUACGCGCAGUGCGAGUCCACUCCAGACUCCGCGGAGGAUGUGCGCAAGGUGUGCCCGAACUGCCCCCUGCUGGCACAGUUCAACGACACCAGGGUGGUGCACGCCGUCAACGCUGCUCUGGCCGCCUUCAACGCGCAGCACAACGGCUCCCGCUUUGAGCUGCUGGAGAUUUCCCGCGCUCAGCUUGUGCCUCUCCCAGUUUCUACCUAUGUGGAGUUCGCAGUGGUCACCCCUGACUGUGUUGCUGCAGAGGGCGCAGAUGCAGCCUGCUCCCAGCCAGCGAAAAAGCAACACGGUUUCUGUAAGGCGACACUCACCGAGAAGCUUGGUGGGGAAGAAGUUGCAGUGAGCUGCACGAUAUUCCAAACCCAGGAAGCCCCACAGCCCCCACCGGAAGUGGCCAACCCCGCAAACUCACCCCUUGCAGUAGACCCGCCAGGCCCUCCAGCCCCUCCUGCACCUGUUGCAGUGCUGCCAGCCAGGGUGGUGUCACUCCCCGUGCACCGGAAACACUAUGAUCUGCGUCACAGCUUCACACCUGUGGGCUCUGUGGAGUCAGCCUCUGGAGAAGCUUUCAAACCCGAGAAGCCUAAGGUGACGCAGCCUGUCCUUGAUGGUAGCGCUGGCCCAGUGCCUCCCCGAUGCCCCGGGAGGAUCAGACACUUCAAGAUCUAGCCUAGACGCAGCAGACAGGAGAAGGUUGGGCACAGAGAACAUCGCUGCUAUUUUGUCCAGAUCUGAGCAUGGGUGGGGACCUUGACGUUGUCAAAGCAAGUGUCACAUGUGUCUAGAGCAGUAACAAGUCUUGCAUCCCAACUUCUCUUCAUUCCUUGGAGGAUAGAAGCAGACAGGGUGAUGGCUAUGUGUGACAGAAAGCAUUAGGCCAACAGCUUGGUGGUUACCACUUUGCUGAUAAACCGCUGCUGCGGUGUUCUCUGCCUUCUUGUUGACCUCAUAUACACAGUUGGACUGUGACUUUAAAUGGUGCUCUUCCCAACUUGUAUCUGCUACUAAUAAAGUGCCUGAAGGACCUUCCCUAAUAAAGAAGGCCCUGAACUGAAG